AAUUGGCGGCAGCCGAACCUAUUCGAAGUCGGACUGUGGAGACGGAUUGCAGUGACACGUCAGAAGAUCGUAGUUAUCGAAGAUGAGCCCGAUAUCCUUGAGGUUGUCGAGUACAACCUGAGCCGAGAGGGCUUUCAGGUCAUCACGGCGACCACUGGCGACCAAGGGCUGGAAGCCGUCAGCCGGGAGGCGCCGGAUUUGGUGCUCUUAGACUUAUUCCUUCCGGGAAUCGACGGCAUCGAAGUCUGCCGCAAGAUCAAGAUGGAUCCGAUGACCCAGCGGAUUCCGAUCAUCAUGGUCAGCGCAAAAGGCGAAGAGAGCGACAUCGUUUUGGGUUUGGGGGUCGGCGCCGACGACUACGUCACCAAGCCGUUUCGCCCCAAGGAGCUGAUCGCUCGGGUCAAGGCAGUUCUAAGACGCGGCUCAUUGCGCGCCGAAGGCAGCGGCUCCGAGCGUUUGGUACGGGGCGAGCUGUCGAUCGACGGCGCUCGCCAUGAGGUGCGGGUCGAUCAGAAGGCGGUGGUUUUCACCGCUACAGAGUUCCGGCUCCUACAUCUGCUCGCGUCCCACCCCGGCCGUGUUUUUACUCGGGAUCAAUUGGUCUCCCGGGUGAUCGGCGGUGGCGCUGCGGUCAUAGACCGAAAUAUCGACGUGCAUAUUCGCUCGAUCCGGAAGAAGCUCGGUCACCUGCGCAAUAUGAUCGGCACCAUCCGCGGUGUGGGCUACCGAUUCCAGGAUGACGGCCUAGAGGACUGA